GGGAAGCCCCCGUCCUCCGCCCCGUCCCGGCCCAGACCCCCGCGGAGGAAGCGGAGAGAGUCCACCUCGGCAGAAGAGGACAUCAUUGAUGGAUUUGCCAUGACCAGCUUUGUCACUUUUGAAGCGCUGGAGAAAGAUGUAGCACUUAAGCCUCAGGAACGUGUGGAGAAACGCCAGACCCCUCUGACGAAGAAGAAACGAGAAGCACUUACCAACGGCUUGUCCUUUCAUUCCAAGAAGAGCCGCCUCAGCCACCCACAUCACUACAGCUCAGAUCGAGAAAAUGACCGCAAUCUCUGCCAGCACCUCGGGAAGAGAAAGAAGAUGCCAAAGGGACUCAGACAGCUCAAGCCAGGACAGAACAGCUGCAGGGACAGCGACAGUGAAAGCGCCAGUGGAGAAUCCAAGGGUUUCCACAGGAGCAGCUCUCGGGAAAGACUCAGCGAUAGUUCAGCUCCUUCCAGUUUGGGAACAGGCUACUUCGAGGCUGCUGAACUCUCAGCGGAUGCCUGUGCACCCCUUUGCCCUCCUCCCCUCAACAGGGCCCCAGGGGUCUGGGCUCACAGGAAGGCCCUGUUGAAGGACAGAAGCAGUUCCUGGAAAGCGCCUGGUGAUCCCCCACACGCCCACAGGACACUGGCUUCUGGAACAGCCUCAGGAGCUGAGCUACCUGUCUGCCUCCGCAUGAGUGUUGGGGAGCUGGUUAUGGUGGAAGGGAAAAUUCAGAACAACCUUCAGACCCGGCUCUGUACAGGGAAGCCUCUGGGUGUUUUUCUCUGGGUACCUCUCGAUCUAAAUUAUCCCAUCAGUUGCUGGGAUCUUCAUUGGUAUUUCUUGGCCCAAGGAUUGCGUCAACAGCAACAGGAGGCAGCAGAGACCUCAGCAGUGUUCACCAAGCAUGUUGAGUACCGACUGUAUUCCCGGAGUGAUAUAGAAGUAAACCUUCUCAGAGCGUACAGUACAGCAGAGAAACAAAUGAAGUAA